CGGUUGCACGAAGAAGGAAAGAGGCCGACUUCCGGUAUGGUGCGUUGUUGAAGAGGGACCACAGGACGUAACUGCCAGGAAAAUGCGGUAAGCCGUUGUCACAACUGAAAAAGAAAUUAAACAGCAACACGUCUCAGUGCAAUCUUUACGACUUUGCAAUAAAUGUGGCAUAUGGUCAUAUGGCCUAAGGGCUUUGUGACGGAAGCAAUCGGGUACGCUGAUCAGUCGUCGAUCGAUCGGGAUUAGAGAGCGCGGUUGAACAUGGGAACGAGAUCGAGUCGUUUACACGAGGAGGCUGCCGCGACAGCUUUCGAUAAAGAUGGCAUCAAGAGAGAGUCCUGUCGAAGAAUCCGAAACACCAGGCCCACUAGCCUCAUGGUGGAGUUCUCCGGUAGCUUCGGCCAUCACUCAGAGACGAGCCGAAGCCGGUCGGAGGAGGGAAGCGACUCGGACACCGGGCAGCAGGCGAGCAGCGACGGCAGCCCCGCCGACAGCCACAUGUCCCCGUCUCUGAGCAGCCAGGCCUCGCCGACGGACGACAACGGGGCCGAGGAGAAACGAGAGGAGGAUGGCAGUCCUGGAGGCCCUGCAAGCGCGGAGGAAAUAGGCCGAGCACCGCAGCGCACUUUCUCGGAUCGUUUGCCCGGUGGCCGCCAUUCUUCCUCCGGCAGCGUCACAGCCAGGUCCGCCCGGGUGAGGGACACUCACGCCCGGCCGUCGUCCGAGGCGUGGAUCGGCGUCUACAGGAUCAACAACCGCACCGGUGCUCUUCGUUGUCCCUUCUGCUCCAAGCCGUUUCCUGGAGGACGAACCGAGGACCAUCUUUUAAGUUGUUUGACUUCUCCACCUCUCCCUUAUAACGCUGAUGUGCUACAGAAGGACAGUGGAGAGUGUUCAAUUUGUCUAGAAGACAUGUUGCAGGGGGAAGCCAUCGCUAGGCUGGCCUGCCUGUGUGUCUACCAUAAGAGCUGCAUUGACACAUGGAGCAAAGUGAAGCCGUGCUGCCCUGAGCAUCCUUUUGAUUGAUUCAUGUGUUCACAUGCAAUGACACUUUGACUCAGGAGACAAUACCCCCUGGCAGGAGCAUAUUUUCUGAUUAGAGGAUUGAGAGAAAGACACAACGGAACAAAAACAAAUAACAAGCAUAAACACUCAUGGACAGCUUAAUCGGCCUGGCCCUGAGUGAGCCUGGCUUUUACUAUCUGAUGUGACUCCUGAGACUUGGCUUUACUCUGCUCUACGGCACCUGUCUGAAUGGCGGGUUUGCUCUGCUUGCCUUUCCUCUCUUAACUCUUUAAAGCUCAGAGUGAAACUGGUCAACUCAACAGAACUUUGCUAAACAAACGUAAAUGGAGAGAGGUUACACAUGCAUCGUCUCUCCUCGUGGACAUCUUGAUCUCCCGGAGGGAUGGUGUUCUUCUUACCAUGGAAACGUGGCGAUCUGUAAUUUAUGCCGGGCUUAGCGUUUGGUUUUGUGCAGCCAGCUGGGGUUGCGUUGGCUUGAACUACUUGAUUUUGUUAAGUUUGUUGGCCAGAUCCCGGAUGAACGCAGAUGAGUUGUACAUGCGUAAAUAUUGCACAGGAAUUACAUAUGAGGCAUGAUGUUUUAUAUUUUGGGGGUGGAUAAUCUUGUCAACCCUUUUCCUUUUUUGUUACUAUAGGAAUAUUUCAAAGGCAGAAUGGAAUUUACAAUAGAUUUGUUCGACUACCAUGAAUAGUGAUUUUAUCCAUCGUUGAAGCAAAACUUCAUUACCACAUCAGGCUCUUUUAACCUCUUGAUCUGAUUGCUUUUACUCAAUUGUAAAACUGUAUAUUGUUAACAGAUCAGAGCGAUACUUCCACUAGCUAGCUUGAUGGAUGUUAUUGGUUGCAGUGAAGUGUGUGUUCUAGUGUGUGCUGAAAUGCAGAUUUUGACGCUGAUGACCUGACAGCAUUUGCUGCUCAUGAAGGCGAGGUCUCUGUGUCUCAUAAAAAAAGUAGCCUAGAGAAAUCCAGUCACUUUACACUCUUUACACCAGGCCUCCUCUACACUGAAUGAGGCCAUCUGUGGUGCGGAGAUGUGUGUCAAGCACAGUAACGCCAUAUGGUGCACGCUUUUGCCUGAGGAUGGCAUAAUUAUGACAUUGUCAUCGACUCCCUUGGAAAGAACAAUGGAUUAAAUAUGAUGCACAGGUAGUGUUUUUUUCUAUUGUUUUUUUUUUUUUUUUUAAGGCCCUCCACUGGGUAAAUACUUUAUGUUUUGAGGUUUAUGGGGUUUCCUGAUCGUGGGUGUUAUGUUCAUUAUUCUAUUGUCUUGUAGAGGUCAUUUGGUCUGUUACUUUUUUGCCUUAGCCCGAGGAUUCAUAUUUUUGUGUGGCAAGAUCUCUGAAUGGAGACUUUGCUUUUCUCAGCUAAGAGCUUAACUUUGAAAGUAUUGCAACGUGUUACCUUCACAGGACAGUCUUGACGGUUCUUUCCAAAUUGAAAACACGAGAAAUGCCACUUGUGUCUGUGUGAGUCAAAGGCGAAAGUCUUUUUUACAGUUACAAUUAUGUUUUGUGUCGGUGUAGUGCAUUGUGGAGUGAAGGGAGGCAUUGUCAGAGUAUUUUGACAAUCUUUUAAGUUAGCUUUUGCCCUUUAACUUAUGUGGUGCCAUACCUCAAUAUCAAUAUUUACUAUACUAACCUGGGGCUUAGCUAACUCCAAAGGUGGUGUUUUUGUUUUUUUCUUGAAAUAUUAUAUAUAUACACAGUAUAAAUACCAUAGCAAGUUCUGUAAUUAUUCAGUGCUAAGGGUCUUGACCCGCUUGAUCCUGUGUUUUGACGGUUGUCAGUCAAAUAUGAAUGAGUUGGGAAUGUUCUUAAGGUCAAUAUGAUUUGCAUAUAUUCACAUCCCCAAACACAGACAAUCUGCCUUCAUUCUGCUAAAGAACAAUUGAGUAUUUAUUUAUUAAAGUGUAAAUAUGUAUCACCUUUCAAAAUGGCUUUGUCUUUUGUUUGUCCAUGAUGCUGUUUCAUGCCUAAAUCUUUUUGUAUGUCUAAAAAAAAUUGGUUUUAUAUGUAUUUUUUACAAUAAAUAUGCUUAAGUGUGA